AUUAUCAGGUUACUUCUUCUUUUUUCCCCAUCGCUACCGGCCCAAGUCCCGGGGCCUGGUUCGGAGCGAGGAGGACCGCAGCGGCGCGGAGACACCUGGCGGCCCCUGAGGAAGGGACCCUCUUCGGUCGCAUCUGCACCUGUGACAUGGCGGCCCCUCCCUCCGUCACCCUUCGGGCGUACGGGGGCCUGGAGAAAGGGCGGAGCUGGACUUGGCGGCUGGGCUCUGAGCGAGUCCGGGAGCGCGCGCUGUUGAUCAAGGCCGCGGCGUUCGCCGGCUCCUGGAAUACCUAUUCUCUCAGGGAACAGUGAACCUCGUCCCUUUACUUGCUCUUCAUUCGGAAUAUGUAUUUACAUUUACUAGAUGUCAAUCACCAGCUAAGCCUUGGGGAUAAAAAGUGAGAAAAAAAAAAAAAACACGCCCCACCAUGCCCUCAAGGAACUCAGACUGAUGGGGGAGGAAAGUCAUUAAUCAGAGACUCAGAUGAAAGAAAUGUAAGAUUACAAUUUUGAGAAGUGCUAGGAAGAAGAGGUAUGUGUUUUACGAGAGCGUAUUCGAGAGGGUCAAUUGAAUUUGGGUAGGGGAAGGUUUCCCUGGGAAAGCGACGUGAGCUGAGAGCUGAAGGAAAGGUAGGAGUUAGGUGGCAUGCCAGGUGUGCGCCAAGUUCUUAGAGCAGGAGGGAACGUGAUGCCUUUAAGAACCGGUGAAAGGGAAGUGUACAACCCAACAAAAUUGAAUCAGGCCCCUCAGUGAACAUAGCUAAAUGUUACUCUGCUUAUUAAUGAGUUAAGCUCCUGAAAAUUUUUAUGAGCAAAGCUACCCGGUGUUGAAAGAAAAUAUUUGCCUUUGACUUUCUAACGUGAUGAGUUCACGUUUCCUGAAACAUACUGGGAAAAGUAGAUAUAUGUUCCCCCUUAGCUUUGAAGUUACUAACUUGCCAUUUUAAUUUUCUUUCAGUUCUGUUAUGAGUUGCUAAAAUCAUGGUGAAAUGUUGCUCUGCCAUUGGGUGUGCUUCUCGCUGUUUGCCAAAUUCCAAGUUAAAAGGAUUGACAUUUCACGUAUUCCCCACAGACGAAAACAUGAAGAGAAAAUGGGUAUUAGCAAUGAAAAGACUUGAUGUGAAUGCUGCAGGAAUUUGGGAGCCUAAAAAAGGAGAUGUGUUGUGUUCAAGGCACUUUAAAAAAACAGAUUUUGACAGAAGUGCUCCAAACAUUAAACUCAAACCUGGAGUCAUACCUUCUAUCUUUGAUUCCCCAUCUCAUUUACAGCUAAACAGUCCAGAAGUGUACCUGCUCCCAUGUGGUUUUUGUGACUUUCUGCGGUUGAUAACAUUGCAGUGCCUGAGUGACCAACUAGAGACUGCCUCACUUUCUUCCAUGGCUUAUUAUGUGCCAGACGCUAUCUUAAACACUUUGCAUAUCUUAACUCAAUCCUGGCAACAACUAUGUGAGGGGAAAAGAGAGAAACUUCACUGUAGAAAAAGCAUCACCCUCAAAACUCUCCCGGUCACAAACAACAAUCGCCAGCUUGUUGGUGCUUCCUCGUGUAUUGAAGAGUUCCAAUCCCAGUUCAUUUUUGAACAUAGCUACAGUGUAAUGGACAGUCCAAAGAAACUUAAGCUUAAAUUAGAUUAUGUGAUCCGCGAGCUAGAGGAUGCCAAGGAAAGCCUGCGGAAUGUUUUAGACCGAGAAAAACAAUUCCAAAAAUCACUGAGGAAGACAAUCAGGGAAUUAAAGGAUGAAUGUCUCAUCAGUCAAGAAACAGCAAAUAGACUGGAAGCUUUCUGUUGGGAGUGCUGUCAAGACAGCAUAGAACAAGACUAUAUUUCCUGAAAUAAUUUCAUGUUCUACCUAAAAUUGACAUUGGUACAAUUUUUUAAAAAAUAAUCCUCAUGUACCAUCACUAAAUAAUAUCUACCAUUUAAAUGUUUCUUUGAAUCCUCUGGAGCAUUAUGCAUUAUAGUUGUUAUGCCAAGAUUUUUUUGAAGGAGUGCAGGAAUUUUUGCUAGUUAUCAUGUUGUUGUGUGAUUUGUGACAAUUAUGUUUUCAUAGGACUAAAGUAAUGCCAUGUCACUAUUGUAAGAUACUAAAAGCUCAAGAGAACUCCACAGGAUAAGGAAGUGAUAUCAGAUCAGCCACAUUAAGCUAUAGCAGUAGGAGUUGGACACAUCUUAAGCAGCACCAGAUUUUUGGCUUCAAAAGAACUAUCUUUACUUAUAUGUAUUUAUGUAUGCUUUGGAAACCCUGGUGGCGUAGUGGUUAAGAGCUAUGGCCGCUAACCAAAAGGUCAGCAGUUUGAAUCCACCAGGUGCUCCUUGGAAACCCUGUGGGGCAGUUCUACUCUGUCCUAUAGGGUAGCUAUCGGUCGGAAUCAACUCAACGGCAGUGGGUAUAUAUACUUUAUGGUAAGUACAUUGAAUUUUACCUGAAAUGUAUUUUACUAUAAAGUAGAAUUUAGUUAUAUUACAUGUCUGUCUUGAAUCUAAGCUAAGUUAGUUAUCAGUAAUACCAUAGGAUCUCUUGGUACCCAUAGCACUGCCCCUGAGACUGGCAUAUGAUGAAGACAUGUUGGCUGUUAAAGUUUUCCAGAGCCAAUCUAAGAAGGCCCCAUCAUGAGGUCUCAGUUUUUCAGUACAUUAUUCCUCCUCACUAGGAACACUUUGAUGUGCUUUAAAACAAACACAUCUUUACAAACAAAAAAAGUCAUAAUUCUGAUUUUCAGACGGUUAGUUGUUCUGAUAGUCUUUCUGAACAUUUCGUUUCAUGACUAUUAUAUCAUUCACAGAAAUAUGUCUUCACAAUCUGAGUGCUGGUACUAGCUGAAUACUUUGAAUGCUGCUUUGUAUUUUACAGAAAGUUGUUAUUGCUAACAUUAAAAUAUAUAUAUAAUAAAACCAUGAAAACUUAAUGAUUGUGGUUCUUCCAGUUGAAAUAGGAACUGGAGAAAGGGUUAGAAUAUUCUCCUCUAAUUAAGAGAAUAGAUUACUAAACAAGGGCUUUUAUUUGAAGAAAUAGGUCAGUAAAAAAACAGCAGUUUUGGUUUUUUACCGAAUAUACAAAAGAAUAUCUCUUAACUGUUUUCUGAUUGAUCCAAGUGUCAGAAAUUUACCUUUUCUCCUAAUUGCUUACUAAAAGCAACUAAAAUAUACGGCCAUAACUGUGGAUUAGAAUGAAAACCAUUAGCACAAAGCCACAUUCUACAUAUACAAAGCUUAUACAGAGGUCCAUGUUACAGUUGUUAGAAUUUAAAUAUCAAUUGUUAUAAUGUAUUAACUAGAAAUGAAUUGCAUUUUGUGCUAAUAUGUUUGUUGUAAUAUUAUUUGUGAUAUAUUAAUAUCAGUAGGGCUAUGAUCACUUGCUUUUUUUUUUUUACUUAAGAAUUUUCUAUGUUUUAAUGCAUGUUAUAUUUUUAUGAAGGAUCUCAAGUGUCUUAGUCUUCUGGUGGUACUAUAACAGAAAUACCACAAGUGGAUGGCUUUAACAAAGAGAAAUUUAUUUCUUCACAGUAAAGUAGGCUAAAAGUCCAAAUUCAGUACGUCAGCUCCAGGGGAGGGCUUUCUCUCUUUGCCGGCCAUCUCGUCGGUCUCCCCCCAGACUAGGAGCUUCUCCACACAGGGACCCGGGAUCUAAAGGACACGCUCUGUUCCUGGGACUGCUUUCUUGGUGAUGUGAGGUCCCCAACUCUGCUUGCUUCCCUUUCCUUUUAUCUCUUGUAAGAUAAAAGGUGGUGUAGGCCACAUCCCAGGGAAACUCCCUUUACAUUGGAUCAGGGAUGUGACCUUAGGGUGUUACAGUUCCACCCGAAUCCUCUUUAACAUAAAAUUACUAUCACAGAAUGAAGGACAGCCACACAAUGCUGGGAAUCAUGACCCAGCCAAAUUGAUAUCACACAUUUUUGAGGGUUUUUUUUUAAUUCAGUCCAUGACACCAAGCCUUCCCUCUAAAAGGAGAUCAUGCUAAGAGGAAAUCUCUGAGGUCGUAUCUUUUUACUGUCUUAAAAGAAAAAACUCAAGCUAACUGUUACUGCUUUUAGUUAUCAUUUAACUUUGAGUUCAUAAUGAAUAUCCUAAUGGGAAGUCUGGGUAUGAUCUUAGGUUUUAUGGAUACCAUGACAGAGAUGGAGACUUUUUCCCUCACCCUGUUUGUGAAGAUAAAGUAAGCCAAUUCGGGGAUAAAAGUAAGGAUAGAUCCAAACACCAACCAAAAGAAAACCUGUUGCAGUCGAGUUUAUUCCAACUCAUAGCGAUCCUGUAGGGCAGAGUAGAACUGCCCCCAUAGGGUUUCCCCAGGAGCACCUGAUAGAUUCAAACUGCUGACCUUUUGGUUAGCAGCCAGCUCUUAACCACCGUACCACCAGGGCUCUAGAUCCAAAUACAAUGUAUCCAAAAUGUAGUUCUCUAAUGGCUGUUUAGUAUAAAUCAAGCGUACCUGACAUUUCUAAGAGUAAAGUCUCGAUUUCGUUCACUGUCACAGUUGCUACAGUCACUGCUACUGCUUGUGUUCACAGUGAACGCAGCCCUUGUCUUUUUCAUUCAGCCUAGUAUCAGUGAGAGAUAGUUAACUGUGGGCAGAAUAUUGGUAUUAGCAAGGACCUGGAGCUAUCCAUUUUCUCUUUAUUCUCAUGGAGAAAUGGUUAUCAAUAGAAAGCGUGCAUAAAAAAUAGAGCCCCCCUCACCUGCUGCCCCAAACAAAUGCCUGGACAGGGUAUACACCUCAGUCCUCUGUUCUCAGAGAUUGCAGACUAGCCUGGGGAAGAACUGUCCAGUGCUGAGCAAAACCAAACCAUCCCUAUCCACAGACUCCUCAGGCAGCCAAGGCUGACCUAAGGGUUUCACUUUGCUCUAAAGCUUAGAGUGGCCUCUAGUUCUUGGAAUAAACCAAAACACCAGUUCAACCUCAACACGAAAUCAGGUACGAAUGAUGUGAUGUGGCAUUUUUCUCCAUAUAAAUAGACUUUGGUUGCUAAGGAUAAUUGUACCCUAGUCUUUAACUUGAAAAAAAAAAAAGGUGAAGUGUAUUAAAUACAUAUUUAGUUUUAAAAGGAAGAUAAAAAUUAUUACAGAAAUAAUGGAGUGGUGAAGAAUAUAUAUACAUAUAUAUAUGCAAAAAUAAAAUAUUUUAUUCAGUAAUGGGAUCUAUGUGGUUUUUAUACAUUCUGUCAUUCAAUAAAAUGAGCAACAAAAAGACAAUAUGUAUACAGUGUUUUUGCUUUAAUUUCUUCCACAUCUUUUCCCUCCACCAGUAACUCUAAUAGGGUCUGCUAGUUUAAAUGGCUCGGGUAGCAGGUCUGCUUUCACCAUGAUAUCAGUCUACCACAGAGCUCUUUCCUGCUUUGGGCCUCACUGAAAAUUGGCAGCCUUUCAUGUUACCUAGUAUGUAGGCAAGAGCAGUGCCCAGGUAUGAAGUAUGCUGUCUUCCGAACACGGAGAGGCCUAUCAGGUAUCGUGCUACCUUCUUUGUGGGAGAUACAAGGUAUAAUAAUUGGUGUUUUACUUUAGAAGGGAUAUAUAUACUAGCAUGUCCCAGAUUACUGGACACCCCUCCCCAAUUUUUACCUGUAUGAUGGCUCUCUGAAUUUCGUAGGUUUUAUCUCUCACAUAUGCUUUUUCAAGGCCUCAGAUUUGCUAUUCAUUCUUGCUGAUCCAUUGGAUUAAGAUAAUACAUCAGUAUAGUGAACUAAGUGGUAGCCUGUAGAAUGUCUGUCUGAUCUAGGUCUCUUUCCACUAUAUUCUGACAGAAGCAGGAGAGUUAACAUAGACUUAAGACUGUACAUGCAUACCAUUGUCCAUUGCAUGUGAAUGCAAACUGUUCCUGAUCCUGUUAAUAAAGAUGGAAAAGCAUGUACCUGUCAGGUCAAUGACUGCAUACUAGGUUCCUAUAUCCAUGUUAAUGUACUCUAGCAAAAAUAUCACAUCUGGCACAGCAGCUGCAGUCAGGGCUCUACUUGGUUGUAUUUGCCCAAGUCCAGUACCAUCCUGCAGAAUCUGCCUAAAUUUUACAGAGACCAGAGUGGUGGAUUAAUUGAAGAUAUGAUGGGGAUCACUGCUCUUGAAUCCUUUAGGCCUGUAAAGGUGGCACCUUUGCCAACCAUAUAUAGAAAAUUCUUAUGCUGGGAUGAUGUGCAAAAAAAAUUAACAUAGAAGGCCUAUCCUUAGAAAGGCCUGCUUGUAAAGUUGGCUCUUGGCUCUUAUCUGGGAACUUACGUUUUGGAAGGGUCUCUCCAUUCCCUAACUGAUAAGAGUGGUUCACUGUGCCUAAACUGUACAAUGUGGUUUAUACUAAGCACCUGCUUUCCUUCUGGAAGUCUGGCAUUUGGGUACAUGCUAGGCAAAGUGUGCCUCUGUGACCAACCUCCAAUAAAACCUUGGACACUGAACCUUUACUGAGCUUCCCUGGUAGAAAACAUUUUAUGAGUGUUGUCACAAUCUGAUGCUAGAGGAAUUAAGUGUGUCCAAA